GUCCCUGCCCGAGGCCGAGGGCAGCGUGGAGAACGACGGCUUUGACGUGGCGGAGAGCCAGGCCCUCAUGAGCCGGCUGCAGUGGGACGGCGCCUCCGACAUCUCCCCCUCGGACUCGGCCUCCUCCAAAGCCAGUACCAACAACUCCGAGUCCCGCAAGACCAAGAAGAAGAAGCCCCACCUGGGGCUGGUGAGCGGCGCCCCGGGGCUGGGCUCCAGCAAGAAGAAGAAGCCCAAGCCCCCCGCCCCCCACACCCCCAGCAUCUACGAUGACAUCAACUGAGCCCCACGGGGCGGGCGGACGGACAGACACAGACAGACACAGACAGAUGGACGCGGGGUACCCGGGGCUGGAGGAUGCAGGACUUGGCCAUUGCCGGGGGAGGGGGGGGUGUGGGGCUGGAGUUGGGAGCCCCUGUUCGUGCCCCUCACCCCCCCAACCUGUCUCCCCCCCCAGCCCGGUGCCUCUAUUUAUUCUGUGACGUUGUUUUUGUA